CCGAUAGCCUCUGAAGGCAUCCUAUGCAGACUGCGCAUGCGCGGUGCCCUCCCUCUCUACACUACCUAAAGCGCAGACGCUUCCUUCCGCCGCCAUCCCAGAGCCAGACAGCAACAACCUGCACUAAACAUGAGCUACACACUGGAAGAGAGGGGGAACCUGCACUCCCUGAACUACCGUCUGUUCUUCAAAAAUGCUGAGGGAAAGUACAUCUCACCAUUCCAUGACAUACCAAUGUAUGCAGAUGAGAGUCAGAACAUCUUCAACAUGGUUGUUGAAGUACCAAGGUGGACUAAUGCAAAGAUGGAGAUUGCUACAAAAGAACCCUUGAACCCUGUGAAGCAAGAUGUGAAGAAGGGUAACGUGAGAUACGUUGCCAAUGUGUUCCCACACAAGGGCUACAUAUGGAACUAUGGAGCCAUUCCUCAGACAUGGGAAGAUCCCUCACACAAAGAUGAAGACACUGGCUGCGUCGGUGACAACGACCCCAUCGAUGUCUGUGAGAUCGGCACCAAGGUGUGUUCCCGCGGGGAGGUGAUCAAAGUGAAGGCGCUCGGGAUCCUGGCCAUGAUCGAUGAGGGCGAGACUGAUUGGAAAGUGAUUGUAAUCAACGUGGAGGACCCUGAAGCCAAGGACUUUAACAACAUCAGUGAUGUCCAGCGGCUGAAACCCGGCUACCUGGAGUCCACCGUCGACUGGUUCAGGAUGUACAAAGUGCCCGAUGGGAAACCAGAGAACGAGUUUGCGUUCAACGGCGAGUUUAAGGACAAGGACUUUGCCAUUAAAAUAAUCAAGAACACUCACAUCUUCUGGAAAGACCUCAUUUCCCAAAAGACCGAUGCUGGUGAACUGAACUGCAAAAACAUGUGUGUCUCGCCCAGCGGCAGCCCUUACUUCUGUUCAGCGGACGAGGCUAAAGCUGUGGUUGCCGGGACAAGUCCUCUUAGAAAAGAAGAAACUAUCCCCUCAUCAGUGGAUAAAUGGUUCUACUUCCAGAGGGAGUAAACCAGGAGUGGUUUCGAUUUGAGUAGAGUGAAAGGCUCCUCGUAUAAAUACUUGAUCUUACCAAUGGGAACCAAUGGAAUAACGGGACGUGGAUGUUUUGUUUUGGGCUGUCUGUUUCUGUGUAGAUGGAGAGAUAGUGGUUAGAUACUGUAGAGAAAGAGAGAAAGUAAAAAAAAAAGUACUAAUUUCUUGACCAACAAAUUUCACAUAUUUAAAUCUCUUUUGACACAAGUUGUCAUUAACAACGUAAAGGUGCUGUGCCUUUAGAUACUUGUGCCAUCAUGUAUGAGACUCUGAACUGCUUUAAUAAAGCUUCUCUUUAAAUUAUCA